GCUCAGCCUUCCCUUAAUAGGGAAAAACUAUGAUAAAAACAAAACCCUAAAAACCAUGUUCUAGAAUCCCUUUCUUCCAAUCGCCAUGUUUUAAACGUCUAUCAUAUCAUUUAUCCAAUUACCAUGAAUAUAUAUUCAUGGUGUAUUUCUAUCGUAUCUUAGGUAUGCUCGAUUUCCCUUGUCACUUUUCGUGAUUAAUUCAGGGUGUGUAUGCUAUCGUAUCUUAGGAAGAAGAAGAAGAUGAAGGGAAGGGAAGGGAUCUGAUGUAGAGGAGAAGUAUCCUUGGAUCUGUAACAACCCUGAAAAGGUUUGUGCCAAUCCAAGGUGAAAAUGGGAAUGGGGAAUCGGUAUAGGAAUGAAGAUGAACCUUUAGGAAAGCCCCACUAUAUGAGUAAGCACAAUGAUGUUGAUGAUCAGCUUCUUGAAUGCACAACUUCUGGUUCCUCAUCUUCUUUAUCCUCACCUGUAGAAUCCCCCUCCUCCUCUUCUUCUUCUUCUUCUUCCCCCCCUUUUUGCUAUGAUGAUCAACCUGACAGCCCGGAACCUCAGUCACCUAUCCCUGUAUCCUAUCCAGAUAUUACAACUAGUCCACAUAAAUGGAGCAUGAUAAGUGCUUCCCCCAUAGGCCAGCCUUCGGGCUACGAUCCCAAUCGAAUUCCAUUGUCUGUAUUUGGCAGCAGGUCUAGUGCACCCAUGGAAUGGAGUGUUGCUUCGACUGAGUCGUUGUUCAGCAUUCACGUGGGUAACAAUAGCUUUUCUAGAGACCGCGCAAUGUCGCUCUCGAGGUCUGAGGAUGGGAGUUGUGAGGACAAACGUUGCAAUAAUGGUCGCAAGAGCUUCUCCUCCACCCUUGCUCCCGUGAUUGAAGGGGCACUGGAUAGUGAAGAGAAGAGCGAGCUUGCAUCCGAGGCAUUGCAAGUACAAGAAUCCAAUCAUGGAAGUCCACAACAAAGUUCGGAAGAGAUUAAUAAAAUUGCUGCAUCCCAAGAAGUCCACUCUUUUGCUAUAAAAUCUAACUCAUCAGAUGGUAGAGAAACUUCUCCGGCUUCAAAUCCCCAUCAUCUAUCUGAUGAUAGUGGAACCAGCAGCAGCAGUUCCUUUGCUUUCCCAGUGCUGGUAAAUGAUAGUGUGCAUGGUUCUUCAUUGAAAUCAGUGCCCGAGAAACCAGAAUCCGAACAGAAGUCACAGCCAGAGGAGGAUUCCAAAUCACAAGUAGAGGCAGAAAGCUCAAAAGAAGAAGAAGAAGUAUCCGCUUAUGGGAUUGGUUGGUUUUCAUACUUGUUUUGUUUGCGACGCUGCUGCUGAUAUGAUUCAAACAAUGCCUUUGGUUGCGUUGGCUAGAAAUUUUAGGGAGUCAGGGGAGGUGUCUGUCUUCAAUCUUUGUGGUAAAACUGUGCAUUCUUUGUACAUGUUAUAUCCAUUUCAACCAGGGCACUUGGUUUAGGGGAUAUUUGAUGAUAGAUAUACCCAAGAAAGGCUAAUUUUACCACAAAAGACAUGCUCAUUGCAAAUAUGAUGAGUGUGCAUUGCAACUGUAAUGUAUGUUCAUCCAGUAUGAAUACAGAUUAUCAGUUGCCUUUCAAA